GCAAAUCUUUAUUCUACACACACUAAUUUAGUCCAAAAUUUUGAACAAUAGACCCAUACAUAGAGGAAUUUUAAAUCACCAGAUGUCUAUCCUGUUGUAUAUUCUUAUUUGCAUAUUUGAGUACUUACGUCGCUGGUACCAGGUGUCCAAACUUCCACCUACCCUCAUUCAAGGAGAUGUACUUUUGAUUUUUGCCCAUCCUGAUGACGAAGCCAUGUUCUUCUCACCACUCCUGAAUUACUUACGAAGCAAAAACAUUAUCUGCCAUUUUCUUUGUUUAUCCAGCGGUGAUUCGGAAGGCAAAGGUGAACAAAGAGAGCAAGAGCUUUACGAGAGCGGGAAGUACUUUGGUGUUAACAAACGGAAUAUAAAAAUUGUAAACCAUCCUGAGCUUAGAGAUGGACUGAGAGAAAAGUGGUCUCAUAUCCUUGUAAAACACGAAGUGGAUUCUUACCUCAAAAAAAAUGGAAGUAUUUCUACCCUAGUCACAUUUGACAAGUUUGGAAUAUCAAGCCAUCCAAACCACAUUGCCGUUCAUAAUGGUGUUCUAGAAUUAAAGCGAAGCAUGCCUUCUGGUCUUUUAUUUUUACAGAUCCGUAGUCGAAGUAUUGUGUUGAAGUAUAUGGGAAUUUUUUCUGUCAUAGGUUCUUUAUUUUUCGCGAAGGAAAAUCGUGAUCGGAGGAAUUUUAAUAUUCUUAUCCCACCAUUUUCACUUCUUUAUAUUUGGAACGCUAUGAUGAAUCAUGCCACACAGUUGGUAUGGUUUCGUUAUUUAUUUGUAAUUUUUUCUUCGUAUACUUACCUUAACGAAUUCACUGAACUGAAACCUUAG